AAUAUUUUUUAUGAAUUUAUUUUCUAUUUUUUUAUUUUUAUUUCCAAUCGGAUUUAUUUGGGCUGAAUGUAGCGGAGAUUGUUCUUUAGAGAACCAAUAUAAUUAUAAAUGUGAGGAUAGAAGCGAAUUUUGUGAAGAAUGGGGAAAAUACUGCGAGAAUGUCUUUCUUCACAAAUGUGUAAGAAAGGCUUGUCCAAAGAAAUUUUGUCAUAGUUCUGGUGAAGAACCUAAACCCCAACCUACAACUAUAACAACGGCAUCAACAAUAACAGCACCAUUAGCAACAACCCCUCAAAACUCAACUGGUAUUGCGUCAACCUCAACAAAUGCUACUCCAUCAACAACAUAUUCAACCGAGACGACAACUGAAUGUGCCAACACAACUACAGAAGAAUAUGAAGCAACUACUGAGGAAUAUAAAGCAACUACAGAGGAAUAUGAAGUAACAACCCCUAUAAUUACAACCACCAAUCCGACAACUUAUUUAUUAAUGACUACAAUAUUUGAAGAAAUUAGUGACGACGAAUUCAAAGACGCAAAGAAGAUGAAAUGUAAAUCGUGUAAUGCAAAAAGGAAGAAAUUGGCUGAAAUUUAUGACAAAUAUUAUCCGAAAAUUAAGAUUAAUACUAAAUUGUAAAUUAUGGACGGAAAAAGUUUUUGAAUUGUGAAAAUAAAAAUUUAAAUUA